GCGGGGGAGGGCUGUGGGCCGGGACGGGCGGGGGUGAGGAGAGUUGAAUGAUUGAACUUUCUUGUGUAGUUUCUGCGGCGCGGAGCUGUCUGGCCCCAGCACAGCCCGGCACCAGCCCGCCGAGAGGGAGCUUACCCCGGUACCUGCCGCGCCCGGCCGCCCCGCUGCCCUCCUUUUCCGCGGAGCGAUGGUACGGAGGGCGCCCUGCACGACCCUCGCCCUGCUCCUCUGGGUAACGGCCGCCUACGGCAGCCCCGACGGGCCGGGGACCGGCGCCGCCGGCCGCAGGCAGGACGAGGCUUUCUCCACCGCCAGAUGCACCUCCAGGUGCCUGAGCCUCCAAAUUACCCGCAUCUCCGCCUUCUUCAAGCAUUUCCAGAACAAUGGGUCACUUGCUUGGUGCCAGAAUCAUAAACAGUGUUCAAAGUGCCUGGAGCCCUGCAAAGAGUCCUGGGACCUAAAGAAAAACCAUUGCCAAAGCUUCUGUGAUCCUCUUUUCCCCAAGAAGAAUUAUGAAUGCCUAACUAGCUGUGAAUUCCUUAAGUACAUCCUGUCUGUAAAGCAAGGGGACUGCCCAGCACCUGAGAAGGCCAGUGGUUUUGCAGCUGCCUGUGUUGAAAGUUGUGAAGCUGACAGUGAAUGUUCGGGAGUGAAGAAAUGCUGUUCCAAUGGAUGUGGGCAUACGUGCCAAGUUCCAAAAAAUCUGUACAAAGGUGUUCCACUGAAACCUCGGAAAGAAUUAAAAUUCAUAGAACUUCAGUCUGGAGACCUAGAGGUGAAGUGGUCUUCAAAAUUCAAUAUUUCCAUUGAGCCUGUGAUCUAUGUUGUUCAGAGGAGGUGGAAUCAAGGAAUCCAUCCAAGUGAGGAUGAUGCUACCAACUGGCAAACUGUGGCACAGACUACAGACGAGCGCAUUCGGCUGCCGGACACCCGAGCGAGCAGGUGGUACCAGUUUCGUGUGGCAGCUGUGAAUGUGCAUGGGACGAGAGGCUUCACGGCACCCAGCAAGCACUUCCGAUCCUCAAAAGAUCCCUCUGCUCCACCAGCUCCAUCUAAUAUCAGAAUUGCCAAUAUCAGUGCAAACAAUGAUGGGAGUGUAAAUGUAAUGAUUACUUGGGUUCUUCCAGAAGAGCCUGAUAUCCCAGUGCACCACUACAAAGUCUUCUGGAGCUGGACAUACAGCAAAUAUGUAAUCCCAGCCAAAAAAAAGAGAAGGAAGAUUACCGAUGGGGCCCAAAAUUAUGUGGUCCUGGAAGGACUUCAACCCAACAGCAACUACAAUGUAGAACUGCAAGCAGUAACACGCUGGGGCCAGAUACGCCUAAAAAGCGCUAAGGUUUCUCUCCAUUUUAGUACAACUCAGGACACCAGGAAUAAUAAGGAACGAACAUCUUCUGCUGGGAAACCCCAGAAAGGACUGGUAGAUCGUUACCCAACCUUUCAAAGAAGAAAACCCACUCGUUUUCUUAAAAUUGGAAGUCCUUUCUAUCAGGACAAUCAACUUCAGGUCAAAGUAUACUGGAAGAAGACAGAUACCAGCAUGAAUCAAUUCCAAGUCCACUGGUUACUGGAGUCCUGUGUGCACAAUGACACCAAAGGACGUGGGAAAGUAACAGAGCUGACUUAUGAAAACUACAUGAUUCUGAAGGACCUGUCAUUUUCAUGCAAAUAUAAAGUAACUAUUUUGCCUGCAACUUCUAAAGGUCGUUUUAAGGCUGAGAGUAUUUUCUUUGUUACCCCAUCUUGCUCUGCAUUUAAAGAAAAAACCCACAAGCACAUUAAUUGUCCUGCUGAAGGAGUGCCAGUUCUACCCAAAGUGUUGGCCAAACCCGAGAAUCUAUCUGCGUCUUUCAUUGUUCAGGAAGGUAACAUCACUGGCCAUUUUUCCUGGAAGAUAUCCAAGGCAGACCUUCACCAGCCCAUGACAGGGUUCCAAGUCACUUGGGCAGAAGUAACCACGGAAAGCCGGCAGAACAGCUUACCCAACAGCAUCAUUUCACAGUCACAGAUACUGCCAGCAGAUCAUUAUGUACUUACUGUGCCCAAUCUGAGGCCAUCAAUGCUGUACCGCUUGGAAGUUCAAGUGCUGACAACUGGUGGGGAAGGGCCAGCUACAAUAAAAUCAUUUCGAACACCCGACCUUCCUCUAUUUUCACCCCACAGACCUCAUCUGAAGCAACAUCAUCCACAUCACUAUAAGCCACCCCCAGAGAAGUAUUAGACUGUUUCAGAUGGUUAUAUGAAUAAGAGAAAAAAACUGAGCUCCCAAAUGAAGUCUGGGAAAAGGCACAUCUGUAGAAGCAAUGAAACCGGUUUUCCAGUGGAAGUUACCAUCCUGUAUGAUCUGUAUCUACUUCUCUGUAGUUUAGUCAUGAAAAAUUGUAAUUGCACCAAGAGCAGGAUAAAGCAUACAGCAAGUAUCAUUUAAUGACCACCGCUAUUCCACAAACUGAAGACUGCAUACAACUCAACACCUGUGAGAAAAUCAGAAGUUUGUUCAUUAUAAUGAACAUUUUUUUUGCAUUUCUGUGUUUAAAGUAGAUUGAAAUGGUGCAGCAUAUACAGCUUUUUCUCUUAGUGACUCCAACAUUAACAUUUGCAAGAUUGUCCUGUGGUGUAUACAUACUUUUGAACACUGGAGGCCAUGUUCUCAUCAGCGUAUUUAAAUGAUCUAUUUUACUAAAGCUUUGCCUGUCACCAAUUUAAGUCCUAGUGUAUUUUGCUAUUAAAGAAGAUCUCCAUAAGUCUGAAAUAAGGACAUAAGUAAAAUAAUAACAGUAGCAGAAGCCCUAAAAUAGUCAGUAUUUAGUAAUUGCAGUAUCACCACUGAGGAGGAUGACGAUACAUUUGUGUCACCUAUCUAUUCUGAAAUAGUAAUGUUCUUAUGUGUAGAUCUUCUGUUAACAUAGUUAAUAGCUAAAAUAUAUACAAGGUAGAUGUACCAUUGUAAAGAAACAAAUGGCAAUUGAUAGAAUUGUUGAAAAUUAAUGGUGAUUUAUACAAUUAAUUGAUAGGCCCUACUUUUGAAAUCACAUUUAUAAUUUUUUUUAUAUGAUAUUUCGAGAUGAAUAGUUAACAUUAACUGAAAUUCUGAGGCACAUUUAUUAUUCAAGUAUCUGCAGAGCUACUUUUUGGCUUUGACUUUUGGUGCGCAUAUUUCUUUUCCCCAUGGAUCUUUUGAACAGAAGGAUGGAUGUAUUGGAUCUAUUCUGCUGUUCUGCUUACAGAAAGAAUUAUGUGACUAUAUUCUGGCAUCUGGAAAACAUUAGUUUAUAGUUUAUUUGAAUGCAUUUUUCAAAUUUAGACAGAAGGGUGCCCUUUUUAACCAUAAGGGAAUUCAUAUUGCCUUAUUGUGCAAUAUAAACUGUCUAACAUAAUUUGCCACACAGAGAGACAUACCUCAACGGUAAACAGAAACUGUUUAGAUUUAUUAUCGAGAGGAUGGAAAAUAUCUGCCAAUAAAUGUUCAUACAGAUACUUAUAAUCAGCUUCUAAUGUUCGGGAUGUUCAACAUGCUCUUGCAUUCUUUGACACCAUUUCCAUUGUUCCCCAUAUCAUCAUAUGAGGAUAAAAUACUUCAAACUCGCAGGAGUCAAACUGGUCAAUUUUUCUACCAGCAGAUGCUACAGACUCACCUGUACUUCAUAUUUGCCUGAGAUAGUCAGUGUGAGAAGCUCAGCCUUUAGUGCUAAAUAUACUUUCCUUCUUUUGGUAGUUUUUUGUGGAAAGCAAAUAUGAAAAAAAACAAAUACAUACCCGAAACUGAGGAGCAGAGUUAUGUUUAUCAUAGUAGAGUGUUCACAAAAUAUUCAAAUACAGUUUGUCUAUACUAAAGUUUGUAGCUUUUAGUUUCUUGUGGGUUAAUAACACAGGGGUGAAGGAAGCUGAGUUAAUUUUUUGCUUAUUCUAGUUUUCCUACAUUUCUGCCUUUGAUUUUAAAGGGCUUCUUUUCCCCAUCCAUUCUAUUUCUACUUCAGUUGUUGUCUUUUUAGGUAUGCACUCAGUGACCAAGAACUUUUGCAGACAUUUUCUAUUGCUACAUGGUUUUGACUUUUUACAGUAGUUUUAAAAAUGUUAAAGGCUAUGGUACUUAUAAUUCCUUCCUCUAUCAUACUGUCAUCUCCCCUUUUCCAAAAUACAUUAGGAAAUAAAAGGGUGAACUCUUUCUCAUAAAACCUGUUGUUAUAAAGGUUUGUUUUAAAUUUUGGCAGAAAGCCAGAUUCUCAAGAGUUUUUUUGACAGGAUGGAAAUGUUUUGUGUGUAUAAAUUUUUACCAAGAAAACACAAUUUGAAUGUGACUGGUGUGCAGGAUUUUGACAUUUAAAUUGCACAGGACAUAGGUAAGGCUAGAAAUGAUCGCCAUGAUGUUUGCUGAGAGCAGGAGUCACUGGGAUCAGGGAAAAUAAUUACCUCAGGCUUCUUUGAAAUAUUCUGUCCAAAGCUUUCAAUCACAGUCUGUUCUAGUUAUGCUGAAGCAAAUCUGCAGUGACUUGAUUAAUCUUAAUGAAAUUAUGUUUCAUUCACAGUGACAUUGUAAAGCGUAGAACACAAAUGUCCAUCUUUAUUACAAUGAUACCAGAUCUGUCUUGGAGAUAAACUGGAAGUUAGUAGCCCUGAGUGAUCAUACCCUUAGUCUUGGUUGCUGAGGGGAAGACUCAUGCUUCUGAAAUGAAUGAGAAGAGUUCCUGUUUGCUGAUGCCAGUCUCUUUGAAGCAUUCAGCUUCUAAAAAUAACUAUAUUUUUGAAGAGCAUGGUGUGGUUUUCCCUUUUAAAGUAGAAUCUGGAAAUUUUAAAAAAAUGUUGUUAGAGUUGCAUUGAACCAGUGUAUUUAUGUAGAGUCCACUAAGAUGUAAAUUAUUUUUUUCCUUUUGCAAACCAGCAUAUAAACUCAGCUCUUAAGUCACCCUCCAAAUCAAAAAUGAAUAAUAUGAAGUCAACAAAGCUCAUGCCUGGAUGUUAAAUUUCCAACUGUCAGUGUUUUCCUUAUUAUUCUUUGAAUUUAGCAGUACAGAUUUGGAGUUGUUAGUGCCUAAUUCAUAAAGCCUUGUUUGCUGAAUUUUACAGGGUAUUGUCCUAAUUUACUAGCAUAAGUCAUUAAACAUUUAAUUCGGCAAUAGAGCUAUUUGAUUCACUAGUUGAAGAUUUAUUUUCUCUAAUGAUGUUGUGUAAUACAGAGUUAAUAUAGACAUUGGGACAGUUCUAGGUACUCUGCACCUUUACACUGAUGUAUUAUUUGCUAUGUACGAUUCUGAUUAAUAUGUCUCUUGACUUCAGGAUGCAUUUUAUCUUCAUUUCUUUAAGCAGAAUUAUAACAGUAUGCUGUUUUUGCUACCUGCUUUUUGAAGUGGACUUUUUUUUUGUUCAUCAGUGAUUUUUUUUUAAGAAGAGAAUGGUUUAUUCUUUGUUUUUUCACCUGUUUUGAGUUGCUUAUAGAGCAGGAGAAACUCAAAUAAGACAGAACUUGUUCUGUGUGUAUUUCUAUGUGUAUAAUCUUGAAUAUUCAUUAAGAAUAUAGCACAUAGACAAUAAACAAGAGGUCUGACUUCUGGAAUGCUGAACAUGCUCGACUUAAUGGCUUCAGAAAGAGCUGAGGACAUUAUGUGGCAAUGCUAACAUUGACAUUAAUGUUUGACAUGGUCACACAGAUAAAGAAAUAUUCAUUGCUAAUCUGAAUGAGAAUUUUACCAUUCAGAUUAGCAGAACUGCGUAGAAUCUUUAAUACUAAGUCAAUUUAUUCCCCAGUGCUUUCAUCUCCAUGCUCCCAACUGGAGCCAGGGAAUUUCAGAUAAGCAGGCCCCGAUUUAGGAAGGUGUGCAGAAGAGGAAACUUUCAUAUAUAUAUAAAAGAAGUCAGUGGGAUCGAAGUAAACCUGUGCAGUUAAGAAGGAGCUUUAGCAAUGCCUUGAAUAAAGCACAAAUGUCAAAAUUUGCUUGAAUACUGUCUUAAAUCAGGGCCUUACAGAACAAAGUGUGAGACCCAGACAGUUCUAAAUUCUGUGUACACCACCAUGAAACAUUUUACUUUAGUCUUGUGUAUAUGUAAAUGUCGUGAUAUUGACUUAUUUAUUAAUUCAUUUUCUCAUAUUAUUUGCCAAGUACAUAUACCCUUUUGAGGUGCACCUGUGAACUUCAACUACUAAAAAUAAUGUUACGCAAACUUGUGCAUUGUAACCAGGAAUAUGAUGCUAAUAAGCUGUUGCAUGUAGUUUAAAAUAAUUAAGAAAACCCUUUAUUUAAAAAAAUGUAAAUGAAUACCUACAGAUGUUGAUGAUUAUAUAUGGUUUUGCAUGCCAAAACUCAUUGUUCAGUUGUGGGCAUGAAAUGUAAUGACUGUAUUACCUCUACUGAAUAUAUUAGUAAGGUACAAUUUACAAAUUAAUUAACAGAGCUCUAUAUGUAAAAUUUUUCCUUCUGACUUAAUUAUAUUGUACUAGAGAUAACAGAACUGCUUCUCUAUUACCCAAAUUGGCUGUAGAAAUUAUGAUCCUAUAGCAUUCAUUUUAAGUCAGUAUUUAUUUAUGUAUGUAAUACAGAAAGAUUGGUCUUAUGUGUUUGUCCUGUUAUUUAGGAAAAAAAAAAAUACAUUUGUAAAAACAUUUGUAAAAAAAAGUGUAAAUAGAGUCUGAUUUCUUUUACUUACUAUUUUCAUGUUUAGAAUUUGUACAUACUUCUUUAGGUAAUAAACUAUCCUACAUCGAAAUCUUGAUGCAUUAUCUCCUUCAUACAGAAUUUAUAGUUUUGUUUUUCUUAAGUUCAAGACAUAGAAUCAUCUAAGGAAAAUCGGCAUCACACCAGGUACCUUUUCUACAUCUGUAUUUCAUUGCUUAUGAAGUCAUACCAUUUUAUUCUCCAUUUAUGACAGCAUUUUGUUUUCUUUACAAAGAGAUCAGAAUAGUCUGAAAAUAAAUUUUGGUAUCAUUAGAGUGUUUUACCUCAAGCAAUCCUUGAAGUAGAAAAUCAAACUGAAGAACUUUCCAUCCCAUUCUCUGUUUUAAUAGAACAGUUCACUGUCAAGAUUUGUUCACCCUUUGUAAUACUAACUUAAAAUAAUUCAGAUAUUGUUGGGUCUGUGUCAGUGGCCUGAUCCUGAAAUUUCAAGAUUUUUGUGAUUGAAACUCAUGGUGAAAUCUAUGUAUACACCAGUUUUGAGUAUUUUCUAUUUUAAAGUGCAGUUUCCCAUGAUUGAAAUUCUAUAUUUUUUAACAAAUAUAUAUAUCUGCCUUAGUACAAACAUUUAACUGUUUCAAAUUGUCAGAUACGUGCUGUCAUUCUCAGAUGCAGUAUCUUUAGUUCGGGGAUACACCUUUGACUUACUCUUGAGGUACCUAAUAAGCAUUUAGAUUUUGUUAACUUGAACAUAAACUUCACAAUUACCUGAUAUUGCUUUCUCAUUAGAAUAACUGCUUGAAUAUUUGGGUUUGAUUUUCCUUUGACGUAGAUGGAUAAUAUUUAGAAAAACCCAUAUAGUUAAAUUUCUGUGAGAGUUUGACUUUUUAAUUAUAUUUGUCAUUUUGAUUCAGUAAGCCCAGACAAGAAUAAUGUGUCACUGUAGACACAUACGUUGUCAUAAUAAAUACAUAGUUCAUGUUCUACACACUUUAAUACAAAAUAGCCAUUCUUCUUUUUCUCCAUGACUUCAAGUAAAUGUUUUAUUCAACACUGAAUUAAAAGAGAUGUUGCCUGGAUGAUGUGAACUAUAUGAAAUAAAGCAAAUUUGCUAAAUAUUGAACAGUA